GUGAUAACAAAGAGCAAAGAUAUCACAUAUAGGAAAAGAAACCUGAAGGGUUGGUAACCAAUGGUUACCAUGUUCAUUGGUGAAAGUACAGAGUAGCCGUGGUCGAAUAAAGGGAGCAGAGAAUGUAUUUGGUCACUAAAGUAUCAAAAAUGAAAUGAAAAGUAAAGCGGAAGUUGAUAAAAGUAGAGCUGAUUUUAAGUAUGACGGAGAUGAUGAAAUGGGGGAAAAAAGAUAACGAAAACUUCAGGGAACGAAAGGUAAAGGUAUAAGAGUAUACAAAAAAAUAAAUCAAAGCGGCAAUUUUGAUGUUUAAAUAAAUGGUAUAGAAACUGAAAUUGAGCUGUUGAAAUAAAGCGAAGAUGACCAGACUAGAUCCAGGCCAGGAACAAGGGAAAAAAGAAAUUAAUAAAAGCAUAAAUGCAGCAAAUAAUCUGUAUAUAAAGAUCGGGGCAAAAUGCUGAGUUGAGAAACUAAAUUAAUACGGAUCGAGCUGAUGGUAUUGCAUUGUAAAAUUGGAAGAUGAGCUGAUUUGAAAGGACGGUUAUGGCUUUUAAGACAAGGCAAUAGUUGAAUGGUUUGCUUUAUUGGAAGGUUGAAAAAGCGUUGCCAAGGAAAUGUUUGGAAAAUGUUUUGAAGACAUUGAGACAGUUUAGACAGUAUAAACAAUAAUGAUGGACUGAAUUGAAAUGGAGUAUUUUAACAUUUGGAAUAGGCUUAGUUCUUGCUUAAAACUUCUACAAGGAUUAGCCUAGAAGCAAACAAAAUACCAGAUCUAGGUGUUUGGCACCCAAGAUCUCUCACAUAGGAUCAAUACUUGCUGUAUAGCAAACCAAGCAUUGAGAAAUUUGUACCAUUAUUGUUUCUAGUUGAUUUUGUUAAUCUUAAUUGUUUAAGGUGUAAUUUUCAAUUGUCAAUAGUUGAUUGAUUGUAGUAACUGCCGGCAUUUGCAAUAUGUAGUGAUUGCCUUACUUAUGCCUGAAGUCACUGAGUAGUGAUAUCAUCGGGUGUAGUAAGUUGUCACAUUUGAUGAACUACUUUUUAAGGACGACAGUUGACCAAGCCGCUUGUUUGGGUGAUAGGCUCUUCUGUUAUAAAGGACCUUAUGCAUUUUUGCGAGAUGAACAAAGAUUUGAGCCUUUCAACAUUGCUUGGUGAGGAUGUUUCUUCGGUCCGUCUCCAUGGAGAAAUGGAAAUGAUGACUGCGGAUAUCGGAGCGGCUGUGAAGUUCAUGAUGAAAAGUCAUCCAGAUGAACGUCCGGAAAUUAUCAUUUUUCAGUGUGGGGAACAAAAUGUUUGUGAAGGACGCAAUGUGGAUGCAGUGGACGAUAUAAAGGCAGCUUGUGAAUGGAUUUUGAAGGAGUUUCCUGGUGUGGUUCUGGUAUGGUCGCAAGCUUUGCCCCCCUGGCACAGUAAUGCGGCCAAAGGGAAAACUUUGGCUAAAUCUAGGAGACGCAUUAAUUGCUUUUUAAUGAAGUACUUUGUUUCUGAAGAAGUUGGCGGGGCUUAUUUGUACCAUAAUGAAUUCCGCACAAACUUGAAAGAGAAAUAUUUUAAGUCUCAAACUGAUGGCUUCCUCCACUUAAAUGAGAAAGGUAUGAAAGCCUAUGUAGAACAGCUACACAAAGGGAUUAAGUACUUCAUAACUGGUCAUGGAUCAUUCUUUCCAUACAUUCAAUGGCCAUCCCCAUCCAUUCCUGAAAUUGACCCAGCUUACAUUUGUAUGCUCUCCAAGGAGAAUAUUCAGUCCCUGAACCCAGAAGAUAUUUUCAUGUUUACACCCCCACAGAUUGCGAAGUUUACGGGAGAGCAAUUGAACAUGUUCCAAGUACCUCACUUGCCCAUGGUCUUUUACCACUUUGUGCCUCACAUGACCCCUCAGCAACUGAAUAACCUUACAAAGGAGAAUUUCUUCCAUUUAAGUGGUGAACAGUUGGGCUUUAUUACGGAAGAACAGAUGAAAUGGCUGACCGUCCCUGUUAGUGAUUAUAUAGCAAAGAAAAGAAGGAAAGCUGGAUCGUCUAAAUCAGGCUCUACACCAUCUGCCCACCGAAAUGAAAGAGGAAAUGUUUUUAUGGAUGCCCCACCAAUGUUCAAUACUUUCCCUCCUCCAUUUUAUGGCCCACCCAUUUCCAACAUUGCCCAUGGUCGCAUGUGGUCAGGUGGUGUACCGUCAAAGGUCAAUAGGUCAGAAAGAAGGUAUUCAAACAAUUCUGGGUCAAAAUCUAGGAAAGGUGGUAGUAGAUCCUUCAGGUCAGUAAGUAGGUCACCUAACAGGGGUCAAAGGUCAAGGAGUCCUACAAGGAAAUCAAGGAGUAGGUCACAGUCAAGGUCUAGGGUUUGUAGAUCUAGGUCAAAUUCACAAAGUGGAGGUCGUAGGCAAAGAAAUAUUUCAUUUCGGUCAAGCAGGUCAAGGUCACCAAGUGGAGGUCGUAGGCCAAGAAAGUAUUCAUCUCGAUCUAGUAGGUCAAGGUCAAGGAGCAGAAGUAGGUCAAGGGAGAAAUUUAAGUCCAAUUUAGAUGGUAGAAGGUCUUCACAUGAUGACCACAGAGGAGAGAAGCGCUCCCACUAUUCACCCUCUCAUUCUACAGGGCCACCGGUCAGCGGUGCCUUGCCCCCAGCCCCCAUCAUGUAUCCUGGCUACCCCUACUUUCCAGGCAUGCCCCUACCCUACAGUGUGCCGGGUUACCCCCCAUUUCUACCCCCUAGUCCAGCAAUUUAUGGCCAGCCGCCAGUGUUGAAUCAGCCACCUGUUUCAAGUCAGCCACCGCAAAGAUCGAUUAACUCAAGCAAUCUCAAAUCCUUAACAGACUGACUUUGAAUACAUACUUUGUAGUUUGUACCAUAUGCAAAAUGGUAAGAAUUUGUGGAUAGAAGUUCCCUACCCUUUGUAAGGGAUAAUAGUUAAAAAAAAAUUACGAAUAUUGUAUACAUGUAUGUUUUAACAUGAGAACAAGGCUCAUCUUAUUUGUGUUUGUUUAUUUUGUCCAUUGAAUUACAUACAUGAACAUCUUGCAAUGUGUUUUCGCUAUUACUUAAUCUUUUUGAUAGUGUUUUGUUUCUCAGUAUAAAAAGAAAUCUUUUUUGUUUUGCAAAAAUCUCUUCUAAUAGAUCUUUUUACCCUGCAUUUUAGUUCCGAAAUCCUUUCCAUCCAAUUACUGUAUUCAUUGAAGUAGUGCUUGAACCAUGAAGUUUAUAAGUGUUCAUUGUUAUGGUUUUGCUUUGAAUCACAGAAUAAAUCAGUUUAAGCAUGA